AUGUCCUUGUCCUUGCAAGGCCAUGGCCAACACUCACAAGGACAUGCCGUGAAAGAACCCCAAUUGGUGUGCAGCGCUUCGUCCCGCCGCUGCAAUAGUUGUCUGACAAUGUCCCGCGACAGUCGUUCGUGCGUGCUAGACUCGGAUAAGAACCUUUCAUAUCCUUGCACUUGCAUUGAGCCAGGCGAGGGUUAUGAGUGCCUCAGCGUCAUUCAGGUGACUCCACGUACGUCUUGUGACGCUAAAAGUAUUGCGACUCCUUGCUUGGGUUCCGAGGGAGGAAAUAAGGAUACAUACAACAAAAAGAAGGGUGAGAGCUUUAACGCUUCCUUUUCUGUGUCUACCGCUACCAGCUCUAUAAAUUCGAGAAGAGAACGUCAGUCCACCCCUAAUUUCUGGUCGUACUCUACCGGCGAAUGGAAGAGAUCAGGCUCUGACCCAGAGUCGAUUUUCCCUGAUAUUUCUACUUCUACAUCCAUAAUUCUGGAAAAGAAGUUUUCAUCUCGGGGCCUCCCAGAAUCCUUGAACGCAAUUGAAGACGAGGAAAGAGAGGUACUGAACAGACGAUUAUUCUGUUCAAGAGAUGGCGCUGACGCACGAGAGUUCCAAGAGUUUUUAAUAGACCAUGAAGGCGAACGACUGAGAACCCCUGUUUUAUGCUUGGUUGGAUACGGAGGUCAAGGUGCACAUGCAAGUGACCUGUGGGUUUUGAUGCACAACACCUUUAGAAGGGAGCUAUUUGAUGUAUUCGAAAUGCUGAACAUUGUCCGUUCCUCAUACCUUUCGCUAAUCUUGAGCGACAUCUACAAUUUAAGAAAAUGGUGGAGGUUCUUCGUAACAUUGUGGUCCGAGUAUGAAAACUAUGAAAACACGCUCUUGGAUCCUAUUGUGCAUAAAAUAUGCCUAUUGGAUGGAAGAGGAGAUGUCCUAUUGAAAAGAUUGGGGCCAUUACGAGAGACGAGGGAAUGGCUUCGGUUAAAAAUGGAAGAGGUGACUAGCUACAUUGAAGAAUUCGAGAAUCUUCCACCAGGGCGUGCCUUAUCCCUUUUCUGCAAGAACGUGGACUCAUUCGGAGAUCGAGCGAUGGGUUACUUUGCAGGAGUAGAAAGACUACUCCCGCGUUUUGUGGAGAGCUACUACGGCGAAGAAGUUAAACUUUCUGUCGAAGGUCAACUGAUCAAAAGGAUGCGAAAUGGGAAGUAUUUCGCAGAGUUUGUCAUCGCUCUCGUCAGGUGGAUGGGGACAGAGGAAAGCUUUUCGACAACGAACGCGCAAGAAAGAAAGAGAGAGAGAUGGAUGAAUACACACUUAUUCUGGCUUGAACGACUGAGUCUGUCAAAAUUCUACCGGAAGUACGAAGCCUCCCACGGGUGUGUUCUGACAUACUUUCAAGGGCGGUUCAAGGAGGCUUAG